AUGUUCGAAUUCAAAGCAACUUUAAGUAACGACAACAAGGAGAUUAAAGAAUGUCUUCAGGCAAUGCCCGAUGGAUUUAAUGCUAAUUUGGUUCCUUUUGCUUACAGCAUUGGUAUUGAGCGUUUUGAAAAGCUUAAGGAAGGACCCUACGAGGAGGGUAUUUCUUGCGAUAAGAAGGAUGAGUGCGUCAAAAGUGGAGGAGAAUGCUUGAAACCUGGUGCAUUAGAGUUUGGUUGGGCUUAUAAUGGAGAUAAAGUUCAUGUUGGCAUGCAACCAAUUGGUGAGCCAGUAGUGUGUGAACAUCCCAGUGAAAAUCUAGUGGACAAUUUAAAGUCUGAAAUUAAUGUUCAUGUUGAUGAUGGCAUUUAUUGGUUCAAAAUAGAGAAUUUUGAAACGGGUUUUUAUUUAACCAACUCGAGAUGCCAUUCUUUCGUAUGUAUAAAUCGAUAUGGUAUAAUCGUAGUACAAAAAAAACUAAUUAAACCAAUAGCUUGGGAGAUUAAAAAUCAAAGUCUUCAAUUCGAUUCUCGAUACAGACAAUUGCUAGCUUUCUACCUUUCCCGCAAAAGGCUUCUUUCCGACGUGAGGGGAACAAUAUUAAAAGGAAUUCUUCUCUAAAUGGACCUAAUUGCAAAAUUGAAAUUAAAUUUAGCGGUAAAGACUACAGGAUUUUAAUAAACGAGAAAGAGAUAACAGCUGAGGAGAUUGCCAUGCAUUCACGAAAUGCAGAAAUCCGUAAAUCCAUUACUAUUACCUUCAUUGCUGUGAAUAUUAUUUUGCUUGUUAUCGUUGUUGGUGUUCUCUGUUGGUAUUGUUUUUGUAGAAAAGAAGGGAAUAAUGAAGUGAAGAAAUAAAUGAAGAGAAUUAGUUAAAAGAUGGAAAUAUAAAA